UUCCGUUCCCCCUCAACCUCCGGGUAUCUCCUGGCACGCGCUUCCCGCCCGAAGGAGGGUAGGGAGGAGCGUCGAAGGCCGGAAGUCGGGAGGGAGGCCGGAAACGAGAUUUCGGGGAUUCCCCUGCUCGCCCCCCGCGGGGCUGUUGGGAUUGGGAGGUGGUGGCUUUUGGUGCGCCCCGUGGAAAGCGGAAGCCUUCGGGCGGAAUGUGCACAUCCGGCUGAGCGGGGCGGGCCGGGGUCUGGGACAAGGGCCACCCUCCUCCCGGGUUCAGGCCCGCGUUCGCCGCCCUCUCCCCUCCUCCCCCGCCCCCGCCCUCCCCAGGGGAGGGGCCGCCGGGGGCCGGUAUGUACGACCGAGCCCCUCGGGAGAUAACCCUGGCCAACGCCACCAGCACCGACGUUCUCGUGGGGCCCGGCUCCUACCAGGUGCCCUUGCAGAAGGACGGGGCGUCAGAUGGCUAUGCUCCAUUUCUUUCUUUGGCAGCCCGAGAAAGUGCUCUUGUUACCGCUAUCUCUGAGGAUGAUGCCCCAGGACCAGCCCACUACAACAUUAGAAAGAUAAAGUACAAUAUAAAGGGAGGCCUGAGUCUAAGAAACAGAGAAGCACGUUUUAAGACGCUUGUUUCAGAAAAUCCAGGGCCUGGAACCUAUAAUCAAUCUUGUAUUGGAGCCCUGGGGAUAAUAAACUGGAAGCUGAGGGAUGCUAAACAAGACUGUUAUUUGAAAACUCCAAAAAGAUUUGAAGUCUUCAGAAAUGUGGAUACACCUUCCAUUCCUUCCCCUGGACAGUCACAUGGUUAUUAUAUACAAAACGAUGGCUCUGUAUUAAAACAAAGUCCCCCUGUGGUUGAUAAAACACUGGGUCCAGCAUUCUAUAAACCAUUGUUUGAUGCUUCUGAUUCAACUUUGAAAUACAAAGGAAUACAUUUUGGCAACCAGUCAGGAAGACAAGAUUUACCAGUCCUAGAAGGGCCUGGGCCUGGGGAGUAUGAUAUACUUCAGGAAAGUACACUGCAUUAUGAGAAUGUUAAUAUCAAGAAAGAAGAUAAACUAAAGAGUUGUCCUUUUCUGCCACGUUAUCAUGAAGUGAUAGUACUACAGGAAGAGAAAAAGGGAGUACCAGGACCUGGGAGUUAUGACAUUAAAAGUCAGUUUGGAAAGGUAGAAGAUGAUACCUCAAGUAUGAAUGAAGUACACCCUGCUUUCCUUUCGCAAUGCCAGAGAUUUGUACCUGUGAAAUCAAUCACUCCAGCUCCUGGCACAUAUACCGACCAUCGAACAGCUCUUGAGACCUUGAAAAAAUUACCAGGACCAAAAAACACCCCUUUUGGUCGAACUACUGUUCGCUUCGCACAGUACUGCAGUCUAGAGGACACUCCAGGUCCUGGGUAUUAUGAUAUUUUUAAGAAGACUACUUCAUCUGACCCUUUAAAAGAUCAUUAUAUGCAGAGAACAAAGAGGAGUGCAUUUGGAUCCUCUGUUCCUCGAACAUUCCAUUCUGCUAAAGAAGACAGCUAUCUAAUUCCUGGGCCAGCUGAUUAUCAGAUUAGAGAAAGUCCUCAAGAUUCAUGGAAGAUGAAUAAGGAAUCAGCUUCCUUCCUGUCAAAAGUAGAAAGAAGAAGUAAAUUGUUAGUUACGGAUGCUCCACCACCAGGCCACUAUGAUGUUCAAAAAUCUUUUGAGAAAUCAUAUGGCAAGCCUAAAUACAUGCCACCUCGCACUUGUAUGGCCAGAAAAAAGCAUAACUCUUUCCUCAGUUCAACUCCUAGGAGUUGAAUAAAGAAAGAUGGGCCAGGACCUGCUUCAUACAAUCCAAUUUUUAAGACAUCUCCUAAACUGUCUUUAUUUCUUAAGAAAGAAAAGCGCUUUGUAGAACCUAAGAAUAUAACUCCUGGUCCUGGAACUUAUAAGCUAAGUCCAAUUUUCAGAGACACUGUGCUGAAAGGAACCUUUAAUGCUACCCUACGGAAUCCUUUAUUGUAUGAGGUGGAAAAUGUCUCUAUGGCUCAGAAACCGAAACACAGUCCUGUCUGGGAAGUAAACGUGUGAUGUUAAAAUGACAUGUUCCAAGCUUGUCCCAUCUAUUACUAGAAGCAACUUGAAAGUUCUUUUCUUUUUACAAAGAAGUCUUUUAAUUUUGAUGUUCUCUAUCAGCUGC